UUGACUGUCAAAAACGUCGAACCCACAACCUGCAAAAAUGAGGUUAGGUUUAUGUUUAAUUUUAAUAACAAGUAAUUCGAGUUCAUCACGCUAAGUAAACCCUGUCGAAAUGGAUCUGUGGAACAUUAAAGAUUUGGAGCCACCCCCAGUCAUCAGCUGUAAAGCCUGCACAAAGCAAAUCGAUGUACGCCUCCUGCAUGCCGUUCUCCAAGAAGGAGUCAACUUUUUCUCAAACCAACACCACUUAUUCACCGAAGCCGCUUUACUCUCACGCUCAGUCUACCGUUUCAAGGUGAAAUUUCGUUCCUCUAAGGAUUUCAAAAUCGUGGAAAAACUCAACCACAUUCUGCGGACUUACCAGAGAAUGCACAUUUCGGCGGCGUUGAACGUGCUGUUGGUCACAAUUCCUCAGAAUUACAAAUCCAACAACACCUACAUGUUGACAAAAAACAUGUUGGAUUAUGUUUUAGUGCGCCUGCAAGGAGUGGGAAAGCUGUUGUGCGCAACUUUGGAAGCUUGUAAGGAGGUUUCAGCUGCCAUGCAGCAGAGAUUAAGACUUGGCCAUUUUUGGAAAGUCGCUAUUGUUAUUUUUGCCACAGCUGCCAGGCUUUUUGUGGUUGUUAAAAAUGCCUUAAAGUAUUCUUGUGAGAUGUAUGGGCAUUUGUUGCCGUAUUCGGCGAGUUUGGGGAAUUCUGGGGUGCAGUGGCUGCCGGAAGGGUACAUUUUCCCCAGUCAUUUGGACGAGUGGUUGGAAAUUGAUUGGUUGGAUCUGGAUAACGUGGUUGAGAUUCUUGAUGAUGAUGCUAUUUUGUUUUAUUUAAAACAAACGAAUUCUGAUGAUUUUUAUUCUUAGAAACCUAAAACACGUUUGAAAUGGUAAAUUUUUGAAAGAAAAUAUGGAUUUUGCAAUUAGGCUCCACCCCUCGGCUUAGGAUGAAUAAAGAAAAUCACCAGAAUUAAGAUAGGGUGGGUGGGCGUUGGUUAUAUUUUGCCUUUUUUUUUUUCUUAAUAUACGUAGUCAUCUUUUCACAACAAGAAACUUAAAACAUAGUUAAAAUGGUACAUUUUGUAUUUAUGUAUGUAUUGUAAUUGGUAGAUUUUGCAAUUAUGGCACGGAUCCUAAUUGCAAAAUCGAUAUUUUCUUAUACAAAUUUUCCAUUUUAAACAUGUUUUAAGUUUCAUGUGAAAAAAGUCUACACAUAUCAAAACAAAAAAGCAAAAUAUAAACGAAAUUUGUAAACUAGUGUGGCAAUAGGUAUAUUUUGUACUACCUCUCUCUAAGAAUUGUAUGUAAUUUAUCAGACGUUGUAACACGUUUGGAAUUUAUUGUGUGCCAAAUUGGUCACCAAUUUGUUGGGUGAAUUACAUACAAACUAAGACCGUGAGUGUUAAUUGUUUGCCAGAUUGAACAUUUUGUACUUCCUUUUGUUCUACUUUGUAAUAAACUGUACAGUUUUAUGUUAAUAUUUAUAAAUUAUUUUUGUAUACAUAUUUUGAUAAGUAUCUAUAUUUUGUUUUCUAACUGUGUUAUUUUUGUAGUGUUAUAACAGUAACAUACAUUUUUGUAAAUAGUUUUCUAAUACAAUAUAGAUAUUUGGAUUUUUAUUUA